AUGUCUAAACCGGUUGUGGCAGUUGUUGGCUUUAAUGGUAAUCUCGGCCGUCCUAUUGUCAACGCUUUGACAAGUCACCUAUUCAGAAAUAAUUUCUCUCUACCUGUGAGAGUCAUUACAAGGGAUUCGUCUAAAGUGAAAGAGGACGAGUAUCCUGCUUCGGAUGUGAAGUUUUAUGAAGCACACGACCUGGACACGUACGUUAAGGCUUUGACAGGGGUUAAUGCUGUCCUCGAUGUCAGAGCGGUCGCUGCGCUGGCAGAUCUUUCAUUGAUUGAGGCUGCUAAAAAGGCUGGUGUCACACUAUACUCACCCUCGGACUAUGGGGUUGACUAUUAUAAGGCGGGAGAAUUUAGGACCCUUUUCAAGCGCAAGUUGGAUAGUGCUGCACAUGCUAAGGCACUGGGCCUUCAGGUGGUACAAUUUCAUACUGGAUUCUUCUUAGAAGGCGCUUUGAAGGCAGUCCCUAAACUUAUAUUUGUUGACCCAACUAAUAAGACCGCAAAUUAUCCAGGCGACGGGUCCCAGGAGGUUACAUUUACUUCCCUCCGCAAUAUCGGACAGGCGGUUGCAGGAGUCCUGUCGCAUCCUUUCAACGAGAUCCCUGAGCAGGUAUAUAUAGGAGGAGAUAUUCGUUCCAUCAAAGAGACCGUUCAAACUUAUGAGCAAGUAACCGAAAUUUCCUUGCAACAUCAAUCAAAGAGUGUUGAAGAUUUUGUAAAAGUCGCUCAGGAUCAUGCCGCAAAGGGUACCCUGUUGGCAGGUUUCCAGGAUGUUCUUCUUGCUCUUGCUGUCUCGACCAAUUCAGCCAACUUCAGUGAUAGAGUCAGCAACAAACUUGCAAACCCUGGAGACCUAUUUGAGUGGGAUACUGUGUCUAAGAUUGCACCUACACUUCUGUCACAAAAAUAG